AGGGCCAAGAGUCAGAUCUGAGGAGCUUCUGCAGGGCUGAUUCAGUGACUUCUCUGCCACAGGUCAGGAGUCCCAGGAGCAGGGCAUGCUUGGGAGGGGUUGUAGGGCUUUGCGGAGGGAAAGAAGAAAAGAACAAGGGAGAGGAAGUGCCACCAAGUGAGAUCGCUGGGCACAUCUCCAUCUUCCACAGCUGCUACAGCCAGGUCGGUCAUGUGGGUGCUGACGGCCCUCCUGCUCCUGGUUCCAAGCACUGGUCAAGCUGCUACACUGGAGAAGCCUGUCUUGUCUCUACACCCACCUUGGACCACGAUCUUCAAGGGCGAGCGGGUAACCUUACGGUGUGAUGGACAUUACCCUCUGCUCCUGGAGCUGCGGCCCAUUAACACUCUCUGGUAUCUGGGCCACCUACUCCUGCCCUCCCACAAGAAGAGCAUCGAGGUGCAGACACCAGGGGUGUACCGAUGCCAGACACGGGGGGCACCUGUCAGCGACCCCAUCCACCUCUCCGUGUCUAAUGACUGGCUGAUCCUGCAGGUGCCCUACACGGCGGUGUUCGAGGGCGAGCCGCUGAUCAUGCGCUGCCGCGGCUGGUACGACAAGGUGGUCUACAAACUGCACUACUACCGCGACGGCCAGGCGGUGCGCUAUUUCCACUCGAGCACCAACUACACGGUGCUGCAGGCGCGCGCCAGCGAUAGCGGGCGCUACCAGUGCUCGGGCACCAUGCGCAUCCCGGUGGAGAGCGCGCCCAUGUUCUCCGCCAAGGUGGCCGUGACCGUGCAAGGUGCGCGACCGUGCCAGGUGGCCCGGAGCAGAGCGGGACGGGAACCAGGCUGGGAAAGGAGGGGCAGGGAUUCAAGUAGCUGCUAUUUGGCGGAUUUCGCUGUGGAAGGAGCGCUUUGCCCGCAGCAUGCUUUUAGACUGGUGUAUGUUCUCCCACGACACGCAGGGGCUUCUUGUUCUGUCGGGGGACCUCAGAUAAAGGCAGCUCCGGCCACAGCCCUUCAGGAAGGCAGCUGCAGUGCGUCCUCCGAUCUGGACCGCUGUCCCGCCCCUCCCUUUCCCGGUUCCACAUCCCAGGCCUCUUCCUCCUGCUCUUUCCCCUCCCCCAAGCGCGGGUCCAAGGUGCAAAGAUCUGGGUGUCUGUUCGCAGGCUCUUCCCUGGACCUGGCGUCCACCUCCGCCCCGGACUCCCAGGCUGCAGCUUUGGCGCCUGGUAACAAGCCGCUUUCCUUCAGAAAGCCUCCAGUGUCCAGGUCGAUUUCGUCGGACACCUCCGUCCCAAAUGCCACCUCGGCGGGGCUGCAGUUCCCAGCCGGCGGCAGCGCCCCCACUGCUGAGCCACCCGCCUGCGCUCAGUCCUCGCCCGUGGGACAGUGGGCCGGAGCACUGAAACCCGACGUGGACCUCCUCCUCCGAGAAAUGCAGCUGCUCAAAGGCCUUCUGAGCCGGGUGGUCUUGGAACUAAAGGAGCCACAGGCCCUAGCGGAGCUCAGAGGGACCUCUGAGACCCCCAGUUCCCACUUUGCUGUGAGCCAGGGGACCCCAGAGACCACUCGGGUGGAGACCUGAGAGGCAGCCUCCGUUUCUCUUCUCUCCAUGACCGUUCCUCCCGGGUCUGCCCCGCUUUCCCUCACGCGCAGACCCUUUAGAGCCAUCUCUGUGCUUUGUUUUGCUGUGAUUGUAGAAGAAGCACCCACAAAGUGUGGUGGCUGACGAUUUCGACCUCACACAGCGGUUUGUAACCACAAGCAUUCUCCUUGAUGUUUCUUCUCCCAGAAUUCAGUAGGCAAAGAGAAAUCUGCUAUUUACAAUUCUGAGGGUUACAGUUUGGACAUUAAUUCAGUCAUCCCUACUCAUCCUAAUAUAAGCCUGGCAAGAACAUAUUUCAGCCUAAAUAAUUGUUUGGUAUUUAAAUUCACUGAGGUCAAUGAACACUUUAGAUAAUUUUAGGGUCAUGUUCUAAUUACUCAUAAUGAAUUCACUCUCUUGUUAAUAUUAAAAAGACUGCCCUAUUACUGAUGAGUUCACAUCUUCAAAGUCCUGGGUUCUAUUUAGUGUUAGAGGGAAAGG